UUUGCAGGCAUAAAACAAAUGGGGAUAUUACGGUUCUGAAUUUAGUUUAGGAAAACUAUGGUUAAUUGCGGUGUGAGCCACAAUCAUUGCAUUUUGUUUUGAAGGCAGGAAGUUUAAUAUUACAAUACGGUGGUACCUUGACGGGCAUCUUGUUCACUCGGCAGGUCUUUUAGACACGUCAAGAUGACUGAGAUGAUGUCGACGGUGCGGUCAACGCUACUUGGGCUCCUCCUGUGUCUGCAACUUGGUAGUGCUCCGGCCCGCACUGCCCCCGGCGCCGACCAGGUGUCCGAAGCCAACAUCCAGCGGCUCUUGCACGGCGUCAUGGAGCAGCUGGGCAUCGCUCGGCCCAGGGUGGAGUAUCCCGCCCACCAGGCCACAAAUAUCGUCGGGCCCCAAAGUAUCCAGGGUGGUGCUCAUGAGGGGCUGCAGCACCUUGGUCCCUAUGGGAACAUUCCCAACAUUGUGGCUGAGCUGGCAGGUGACAACCUUCCCAAAGACUUCAGCGAUGAUCACAGCUACCCGGAUCCUCCUAACCCUUGUCCUCUCGGAAAGACUGCAGAGGACGGUUGUUUGGAAAACGCUCCUGACACUGCCGACUUCAGCCGGGAGUUCCAAAAGCACAGACAUCUUUAUGGUUCAGGGAAUGAGUACCCUGCUCUAAUGAAAUGGAACAAGGAACGUUUGUACCAAAAGCUGAAGGGAGGACCAAAGAGAAGAAAAAGGAGUGUCAACCCCUACCUAAUGGGCCAGAGGCUGGACAACGUGGUCGCAAAGAAAUCAGUUCCAAAUUUCUAUGAGGAAGAGGGACCAACUAUCUCUUCCACCAUUAAAGCAACAAAUUAAAUAAUAGAAUCUGUCCAAAAAAAGACAUGUUUUAAAAUUGACAAGGGUAAUACUUCAAUUCGUUUAACCCUUGCAUGGUGUUCGGGUCUAUGGGACUCAUCUUACUGAAAACAGGUCCCAUGACCCCAACACCAUACAAUUGGUAAUCUGUCACGAAACUGCUAUUAAUUACUUUUAUGCAUGGGAUGAAGAUGGCAGACUUUUAAAUAAAUAAUAAAACUAUCGACGUUUGUGAAUUUAAUAAGUUUUGUUUUUAUGGCCAAUGAAAGUAGAAUAAAUGAUUAAUAUUUUUACAAUUUUCUUUCAAUCCAAAGAUUGUUUAACUAUUAAUACAGAAGAAAUGAAAACUACCCUUGCAUUGAUUCUUAUGCUGUUAAGUGAAAAUUCAGAUGCUAUUUUGUUUAAAUUAUUUGUGGCUAAAUAGAUUAAAAUACUGUGUGAUGUUUGAUUUCUGCACUGUCUUCAAAUGAUUUGUGAUACAUCAAUAAUAUCCACACUGAUGAUAAUUUUAAGUGGAGGACAUUGAGCUUUUUUCGUUUAGGCAUUGAGUAAAAAAUAUACAUGUGUGUGCUUCUGCUAUAUUAUGAAAUAGGUAGAUCAAUCAAUUGUUUCUUCAGUUAAAAAAAAAUAAAAUCUGC